AGAGAGAGAGAAAGAGAGACACACACACACACACAGAGAGAGAAAGAGAGACACGCACAACAAAAAGUAUUGAUUGCAAAUGGACAGUUUGGGUGGGAGGCUAGCAGCCACCUCUUACUGACUUCCCUUUUAACAAGAGGCAGACAUUGAAACAGGAUCAAUACAGAUGUAACCGCACUACGUCUGAAGCAACGAGGAGUCCUUUUUAAUGGGAUAUUGUGAAGAAUAGACUUUACUACCUUACUGCAGACGCAACAUUUUGAACUCAGUUGCCUAUACAGGAACAUGAGCAGGAAGUCCCCGGUGGCUGGCCUGGUGGCUGGCCUGGUGUUUCUUUUUCUGGUAGCUGCCCUGGCUGCCCUGCUGGCUGCAGUAGGAGUGCUCGUGUGUGUGUACGUGGGAAACAAGAACCCCAUCUCACCCUCAGACCAUUUCUACUCAAAAGCUGCCGUGGCUACAGAUGCUGGGAUAUGCUCUGAGGUGGGGAGGGACAUCCUGAAGAGGAACGGCUCAGCGGUGGAUGCAUCUAUCGCCGCCCUGCUGUGUGUUGGCCUCCUGAACGCUCACAGCAUGGGCAUUGGAGGGGGUCUCUUCUUCAACAUCUACAACGCUUCCACAGGGAAGGUAGAAACCAUUGACGCGAGAGAGACAGCACCAAUGAACGCGACGAAAGACAUGUUUGGCAAUAACACCCAGCUUCCUCAGAAAGGUGGAUUGUCUAUAGCCAUUCCAGGGGAGAUCCGUGGUUACGAGAUGGCACACAGGAGACACGGCAGGCUGCCAUGGAAGGAGCUGUUUGAGCCAAGCAUUCAGUUGGCACGCGUAGGUUUCCAUAUAGGCAAAGCCCUGGCCAAGGCCAUCGCCAGCAACAAGGACGCUAUUCAAGGAGAUGCCAAUAUGUGUGAAGUGUUCUGUGACUCCCAGAAAAAGAUCCUGAAGGAAAAUGAUAUCAUUAAAUUUCCCAAACUAGCAGACACCUACAGGAGGAUAGCGGAGGAAGGACCUGAUGUUUUUUACAAUGGGACAAUGGCACAGACAAUUGUUGAUGACAUCCAAGCAGCAGGUGGGAUUAUCACCCUGGAGGACCUGUUGGACUACAGGCCUGUGUUGAAUGAGAACCCACUGAAGCUGACUGUGGGCGAGUACACCAUGCACGUCCCAGACGCCCCCUCCAGCGGCCCAGUCCUGGCACUUAUACUCAACAUAGUGGACGGGUAUAACUUCACUUGCUCAAGUGUUUCAACGGCCAAGAAAAGGACUCUGACGUAUCACCGCAUCGUGGAGGCUUUCCGGUUUGCUUAUGCCAAGAGGAGCAAACUAGGGGAUCCCCGAUAUCUCAAUAUCACUGAUCUCAUCCACAACAUGACCUCAGACUACUUUGCUGACGGGAUCAGGAGCAAGAUCACAGAUGACACCACUCAACCAGACCGUUACUACGAGCCAGAUUAUUUUGUCAAAGACAAUCAUGGGACAGCACACCUGUCCGUCAUAGCUGAGGAUGGAAGUGCUGUGGCUGCCACCAGCACAAUCAAUAAUUAUUUUGGCUCCAAAGUCAUGUCCCAAUCAACUGGCAUCAUUUUCAAUGAUGAGAUGGAUGACUUCAGCUCUCCGUACAUCAACAACGGCUUUGGAAUCCCUCCAUCUCCUAACUUAAUCCAGCCUGGUAAAAGGCCUCUCUCUUCUAUGUGCCCAACUAUUAUCUCCGACAAAGACAAUAGAGUGAAAAUGGUGGUGGGAGCCUCUGGUGGAACAAAGAUCAUCACAGCAACUGCCCUAGUGAUUCUGAAUACCUUGUUCUUUGACUACGACCUCAAAAAAGCUGUGACACUACCUCGAAUUCACAAUCAACUCAAACCAAAUACGACUGUAGCGGAGGACGACUUUGAAAAGAGUGUAUUAGAUGGCCUGGAAAAGAAGAACCAUGUAAGAACCAGGCCCCUGUAUAUGAAUGAUUCAGUGGUUCAGGCGGUGGUGAGACAGGGGGAGUGGCUCUGUGCCGAGUCUGACCACAGGAAAGGGGGCUAUCCAGCGGGCUACUGAGUCUUACCUCACCCCUUCCUUCCCAAACCUGGAGUGUACCUCCAAAAAGAGGCAGGGAUAGAGCUAAGUAUCUGGAAAGACACGCAAACAAUGCCUCCUCAAGGUUACACAGCCACUCUCUUUCUUCAGCUGAGAUUCAUUUCAAGACAUGGAAAAUGACUUUACUCCACAUCAAUACCUCCUCCCUUCACACCAAAUAAUCGGCGGCAUUUCUGUUUUUAUUUCAGCAUUAUUCAUUAUUUAUUUUUGUGUUUUGAAAAAGAAGUGAGGUUGCAACUCUGAAAGUGGCAUUUUUUUUUAUCCUAGCUGUAUCAAGAGAUCAUCAUUAUCGAUUAUCCUGAAGAUGGAAGUUUAUUAAUGCAAUGCAGUGGGGUAGCAGAAAGCUGGACUGCAACUUUCGAUUCCUGCUGGAUGUAAAUACCAAUGGGCUAGAACUUUAUGGACGCCAUGAAUCUUCUGAUAUACAUUAUGAAAUAGUUUGCCUAGGAAAUUUUAGCCAACAUUUUAAUCAAAUUACUCUGUGAUGAUGAAAAUGUUUAAAGUAAGAUAUAUUUUACAUUAGUCAGCCUGUUCCCAAUAUUCUUAGAGACUUAUUUCUCUGCAUCGAUACCUGUAACCAAAGAACUGAUGAAAAAUGUACACAAUAGAUGAAUAACAGCUACAUGAUGUCUAAACAACUGACUGAAGUACAAUUUUACACCUACAACCUAAAAAUUGGGCUCGACCUCCUUCAAUAGUCUGAAGAACAUAAUACACAGCAGCUUCCUUCUGACAAAUCUUAGCAAGAUGUGGCAUUUGGCGCCAGUUUUGGCUUUUACAAAAGCCUCCAAAUGGAUUAAUCACUGAAGCAAUUGCUUCCAUGGACCAGUGAUGCAUAGGAGGCUACAUAGCCGACUCAGGCUAAAUACUUCCUCUCUAUCAAAGUGUGCUCUUCUCCUUUAUUAAGACACUUUAUGUUGAUGUUUCCUUUAUUUUGGCAGUUACCUGUAGCUGCUGAGUAAGUGCACAGAGAAGUGACUGCCAACUAAAGUCCAUCUAUGGUAGUAUCCUGUUGUCUAGGCUACAACCCGGUUGGCCCUAUUGAAUGUGGCCUGAGACACUAUCUGCAUACUCUCUACUCUCUGCUUCCCUGUAUGAGCAAGAAGAUCCAUAUUCAUUCAGACAGCACUCAGCCUGUGGGCAGAUGGGAAAUGAUGGCUAAUGAAGCUGUAUAUUACAUACAAAAAUAGCAAAGCAAGGGUAUUUCAAUCCUUUGAUACAGCUCAUCUAACUGUGCUAAUAGAACAUAUCCCAUUCCCCCGACUAAUGUGAUACUCUUGACAGAACAGGCCUGAACAGAGUAUAGUGUCAGUGUUGAUGCACAGUGCUCACAUACAGGGCAGGCCACUGGUUCAGAGGACAUUUAGCAUCACUAGGCACAUGUCCCAUCUAGUGUUGUCUGAUGAAAAGACAUCCCACGGCUGCAGCUCACCCUCUCCAUCUCGCUCUAGAUAUAUAAACACACGCACACAAGAGCAGAGUGAAUGAUGCAGUGUGAGUCUGUGUGUAUUUACACAGACAGUCUCUGUCCCGUCUCCUGUCCCAUGGAGGCCCAUUAUCUACUGUAUUUGUUUAUAGAGCGAAGUGACAUGUAGCGUAUUUCAGACCCCACACACGGUCUUGGAGUACUUCUUGUGCAAACAUACCAAUAAACAUCUGGAACAAACCUACAUGGUAAAGUUAAGACUGAUAGGGCAAUGGAACAUACUUUCUUUUUGUCUAAUGUAAGCCGUUGACGUCAACCAGAAAGGCUCAAGUAAUGAUGACAAUGCUUUUUUCAUGUAAGAGGGACAUGCAGAACAUUCUCAAAAACCAGCCCACUCAAAUGUUAAAUAUUACAUUGGCUUUCAACUAAAUUGGUUCUGCUUUGUACCUCAAAUGCUUAGACCCAGAAUGUAAUAUUUGAAGGCUCAGGGCUAUAUCACCGUGUCAGUGCUUUGUUUCAGUAAUAAAACUUCCGUGUUUUCA